UGUGUGUGUGUGUGUCUGUGUGUCUGUGUGUGUGUGUGUCUCGUGUGUGUGUGUGUGUGUGUGUGUGUGUGUGUGAAGAAGCCGGUCAGACCUGCUAGAAGCUCUCCAGCACCCCUGGGUUCCCUGUUGUUUUGUAUUUGGUAGAAGAGAAUGAGUUCAUCCUGUAUGCCACACGCAAAUCUAUCUACCGCUAUGACCUUGCGUCUGGUGCCACGGAGCAAUUGCCACUCACAGGACUGAGGGCGGCAGUAGCACUGGACUUUGACUAUGAGCACAACUGCUUGUAUUGGUCUGACCUGGCCUUGGACUCCAUCCAGCGCCUCUGUUUGAAUGGGAGUACAGGACAGGAGGUGAUCAUCGGCUCCGGCCUGGAGACAGUAGAGGCUUUGGCCUUUGAGCCCCUCAGCCAGUUACUAUACUGGGUGGAUGCUGGCUUUAAAAAGAUUGAGGUAGCUAAUCCUGAUGGUGACUUCCGACUCACAAUCAUCAAUUCCUCUGUGCUUGAUCGGCCCAGGGCUCUGGUCCUCAUGCCUCAAGAGGGGGUGAUGUUCUGGACUGACUGGGGAGACCUGAAGCCUGGUAUUUAUCGAAGCAAUAUGGAUGGUUCUGCUGCCCAUCGUCUUGUGUCGGAGGAUGUGAAGUGGCCCAAUGGCAUCUCUGUGGAUGACCAGUGGAUCUAUUGGACGGAUGCCUACCUGGACUGUAUUGAGCGCAUCACUUUCAGUGGCCAGCAGCGCUCAGUCAUCUUGGACAACCUCCCUCACCCCUAUGCCAUUGCUGUCUUCAAGAAUGAGAUCUAUUGGGAUGACUGGUCGCAGCUCAGCAUAUUCCGAGCUUCCAAGUACAGCGGGUCCCAGAUGGAGAUCCUGGCCAGCCAGCUCGCAGGGCUGAUGGACAUGAAGAUUUUCUACAAGGGGAAGAACACUGGAAGCAAUGCCUGUGUGCCCAGGCCAUGCAGCCUGCUGUGCCUGCCCAAGGCCAACAACAGCAAAAGCUGCAGGUGCCCAGAGGGUGUGACCAGCAGUGUCCUCCCCUCUGGGGACCUAAUGUGUGACUGUCCUCAGGGUUAUCAGCUGAAGAACAACACCUGUGUUAAAGAAGAGAACACCUGUCUUCGCAACCAGUAUCGCUGUAGCAACGGGAACUGUAUCAACAGCAUUUGGUGGUGCGAUUUCGACAAUGACUGUGGAGACAUGAGUGAUGAGAGAAACUGCCCUACUACCAUCUGUGACCUAGACACCCAAUUCAGGUGCCACGAGUCUGGGACUUGUAUCCCGCUCUCCUAUAAAUGUGACCUUGAAGACGACUGUGGAGACAACAGUGAUGAAAGCCACUGUGAAAUGCACCAGUGCCGGAGUGACGAAUAUAACUGCAGCUCUGGGAUGUGCAUCCGUUCCUCCUGGGUGUGUGAUGGGGACAACGACUGCAGGGACUGGUCUGACGAAGCCAACUGUACUGGUCAGUACUUCCUAAACUCAAUUAACUGUUCAUGUACUAGUUAGCAUUAUGGCUUUACGUGAUCGUGGAAUUUAGACUCUGAGAAUUAGUUUGGACCUUAGCAAUCAGCUAGUUCAGUGCUGGUCUAUGAUAAGGUAAGGAGCUUGUGCCAUAAUGUAAAUUAAUACCCUGCUUCCUUCAUCGGAAAGUCUUACUAAGAAAAAUGCUAAUGAAACUAAACAGUGUUCUGAGUGAUACAGUUCUCUUGUAUUCUGGCUCAAUCUUCUCAGUUCUUCAGAACCAAUAAUAAACAGUUCACAGAAUGGUUCCUGGUGUAGGGACCAUAUUUUGAGUAACACUGAACUAAUUUGUGUGUUUCAAACAGAGCAUCUGAGGGCUCCCCCAGACGAUUAAAAUGUAAGCUGUGCUUCUCCCUCUUUGGGAUAAGAUUUCAUUAAAAAUAAAGUCAAAAACGUGAUGAAUGAGAGGGGAAUGGUAGGUGGUAUAAGGUAAGGGCCAUGUCUUUCAUGAUUAUUACAUUGUAUGAAUGAGUCUGUGGUGGCCAUAUACAUUAUGUUGGAGGGGGCGGGGGCAUCAAGUAGAGCAGAAAGUUGGCACAGUUGUGGAAAAAUAAAAGCAAAUUCCUUUUAAUAUCCAUGACUGUGAUCCUGUAUGUUCAUAUGAUUACAAUUUUGUCAAAAAAUGAAAUAAGUUUUAAAAUCCCCCAGUUCCAUUAUGUGAUGAGUAGUUUGCUCUGCAACCUUCUGUAGAAGUCUCCAUUCAGUUUGGUCCUACGCCCCUUCAGAGUAACCCAUGUGCAUCACACAGGAUGCUCCGUGAUGCUACCAAAUUCAGGCUCCGAGAAGGUCCCCGUGUCCUUUCUGGUGCAAUUCAAUAUUUGCACCUCCAUGCUGGGAAGGCAGUAGGAAAAUUCUUUGUAUAGGAGCCAUGACUUGCAGAGCAGAGAAACCAAGGUUGGCAAAGAAGAUACCAUCAACUCAGGAAGCAUGUGGAUGCUGCCUGGGAGCUUGGGUCUUGGAUGGAUAAUUGGUUAAUAAAUUAGGUGCAUUUGGGCAUUUCAGUUUGUAAAUUGUGGUAUGAUUGAACAUCUUGUUAGUGCAACCACAUUAGUCAAACUCAAAUUCCAGGAGCACAUGCCGGUCUUCCAGAAUGAAUUAACAAUUCCAGGUCUGGUGGGCAGGCUUGUCAUAAGCUCCUGGUUUUAUCUCUGGUUUUCUUCUGGCAGGGCUCACUGGGGAAAAUUGAGAGUUUUGCCAUUCAGUUGCAGCCUUCAGUGACUAUUUUUCCAAUCCUUUUCAAGAUGAUUCUCUUUUUCAUCAUCUCAAAAUAGAGAAUGGUUGUGAGUGCAUUGUGAUAUAUGGCAUGAUACUUCAUUUCCUGAUCUAUUAAAUUAAGCCAAAGAAAAUAGGUCAGAACCAGCUGCCCUCCUGGGGGGCUCACACACGUGCUCACACACGUUCUCUGUGUUGUCCCUUUUCCUUGUUCUUCUCCCUGAUGUUGCUAUCCACAAGGCCCUUCAGCCUGCCUUUCAUUGUUUUUUAAAGCAUACAUUUGAUUAGCCAUUGUUACCAUUAGACAUUUUAUGUGUAUUCUUAAUAUCUUUUUCCUCUCCUAGAUAUACAAGCACUUUAAAUUCCUGCCCACGGUUCCCACGCUAAAAUACUUAGUAAAAUAUUGAGUAUUUUAAAGCACUAAAUGUUUGGUAUUUUAAUUUUAUAUUUUAAAAAUCUUAAAAUUAGGACUGGUAGUAUAGCUCAGUGGUAGAGUACUUGCUUAGCAUGGGCAAGGCACUGAGUUCUAUUCCUAACACUGCAAAAUAAACACAAAAUUAGUUAUUGUUACUUGAAUGAUCACAUUUACUUAUAGGUAUGUAACUACUUACCAACUACCUGGGCUUGUAUCCAGGGCCUCCUUUGAUGGAUAUCCCUCAUUGGUUCUUACAGAAGAGGUCUGAAAGUGCUAAACUCAUCCCAGGUUUUGUUAGCAUAAACGUAUCUUUAACCCUCAAUCUUGAAUUCAAAUGGGUCUGGAUUUCCUAAUUUAUAGUAAUUUUCUAUAAGUACAUUGAUAGAAUUAUUCUGUUUCUUUCUUAUCUCUUAUGCUGUCAGAAUUCUGCAGCUGGAUUAGCUAUUCAAAUAAUAACAUUUAUUUCUCUCCAGUUGCCUUUAGCUUUUGCUGUUAUGUAAUUUCACCUUCCUAGUGUGUAGUUAUUUUUAUUUGUCUUGUUUGAGAUUUGUUUCCUUUUUGAGAUGUGAGGGUUUAUAUAUUCAUUAGUCCUGGGUAUUAAGCUAUGUAACUCCACUAUGUCUGUGUGCUACUUCCUCUGGUCUUACCUUCAUCAGUUACUUACUUUUAGCCAUUUGUUGGACUGCCUCAUUGUGUUGCUCAUGCCUCCUGUUUUUACAUUUGCAGUCUCUAGGUCUCCUGGCUAGGAUCUGAAUUAUUUCCUCAGACUUACCUUCUAGUUCAGCAGUUUUAUUUUCUGCUAAAUCUAAUAUGCUAUUUCCCACAUAUUUUGAGCUUUGUUUUUUAUUUCUGUGACUAUAUUUUUUGCAUAUCUAGAAUAUGAUUUGUCUCUUUUUCAACUGCACCUUUUAUUCUUUACUGCUCUUUGUUCUCUUAAUCAUUAAUCAUGCAUGAGAAUUGUUACUGUUUCUUUUUUCUUGUGCACUUCCUAAUAGUCCUGUGCUUUGUAAGACACAUACUGUUUGAUUUGCAAAGGCAAUACUUUUUUUUCCUUAGGGUACAUAAGUCAUAUGUUUUACCCUAGUUCUGUUUGGUUAGUGCUCUUGAUCAGGUGUUUAGCAGGUAUCAAUGACUCAGGGAAGGUCAAAGUCAGAGAGUAAGUCAUGGGAUGAUGACCUGUAUUAGAAACUGAUAUUCCAUCUCCAUGAUUGUUUGCCCUAUUAACCCUGCCAUUCUCACAGUUGCGAUGAAUCCCAUCAUGCAAAGAAUUCUUUUUCUUCCUCAAAUUCUUCAGUAUGGAUUAAAAGCUACCUCUUUCUUCUUUGUGAUUAAAAAUUAUUUAUUUAGCAUGCAUUAUGUACCAGGCACUCAAAACCAGAGUGCAGUAAAUUACCCAGAAGAUAGAAAAGUCCAGAAAAAGAGGAUGUGUUAUGUAUCCCAGUCAUGCCUGGCCCCUUCAGUGCAAGUGUACAAAUUUUUAUUUAUUUAUUUAUUUAUUUAUAUUCAUAU